AUGGCGUCUUUACCACCUGAGAGGACGUCGGCAUAUGUGUGUAUUUUCGUUUGCUUCGCUACUAAAGCGGUCCAUUUAGAGGCAACAUCAGAUCUAACAACGGAUGCGUUUUUAGCAGCAUUUCAUCGGUUUAUUUCUCGACGUGGUUGUCCAUCGACCAUGUUCUCAGAUAAUGGUACAAAUUUUGUCGGAGCCUCUAGGGAAAUUGAAAAAGACUAUAGGACUUUUCUAAAAGAAUGUCAGGCUCGUAUGUGUUCUACAUUUGGUACUCAAGGUUUAUCAUGGCGAUUUAUUCCUGCUGGAGCUCCUCACAUGGGUGGUUUGUGGGAAGCUGCCGUGAAAAGUUUUAAACGCCAUUUUCGUCGGGAAGUACAGUCCGUAAAAUAUACAUUUGAAGAACUAUGCACAAUAUUAGCACGAAUUGAGGCCUGUUUAAAUUCUCGUCCUCUUUACCCCAUGUCAGACAACCCAUUAGAACCUAUUGCCUUGACACCUGGUAAUUUUUUAAUCGGCUGUCCCAUUUUAUUCCCACCUGAACCUUCUAUUUUUGAAUCUCCUAUUAGCCUAGUUAAUCGGUAUCGUAAAGUGAAAGCCUUUACUCACGAAUUCUGUCGCCGAUGGAAGGAAGAGUAUUUGUCUAAUUUGCACAAGCGAUAUAAGUGGAAAUCGCCGGAGCGUGAUAUUUCGUUAAAUGAUCUGGUUGUUAUACGCCAGGAGCAAAUGUCACCUACGUCUUGGAAGUUAGGACGGGUUGUUAAACUUUACCCCGGUAGUGAUCAUCAUGUUCGCGUCGCGGAUCUACUUACCGAAAACGGGAUUGUUAAACGACCAAUCACUAAACUAGUCGUUUUGACUAGUUAA